AGAGAGAGGGAGUCUGUGCUUGCUUUGCUUUAAUGUGAGGGAAAAAAAAUAUAGUAAAAAAGAAAAUAAAAGGGCAAGUAGAGAGAGAUAGGAAUAGAAAUGAAAGUAGAGAAACCGGGAAAGAUGGUGGUGGGAAUAGUAAUAGGAGUAGAAGAAGAAGUGCAGAAGAAGAAGAGAAGAGAUAUAGAGAUGCGUGCAAACUCCCGAAGAAAAGGAACCUUCUCCGUACUCCUCCUUUUCCUUCUUUUGAUCCUCAUUUUACCCCGUAUUUAAUUUUCUCGUCACAGUCUUUUCUUUACUUCUUUUAUUCACUUUUUUUCUCAAUUUUUCGUUUCUCUUCCAUUUCUUGCUCUGUGAUAUGCUUGAAUCGAUUUGCGGAUGCAUUCUUGAUGAAUCCGGGAUCGGUUAAAUUUUAGAGGGUUUUGAGUUUUAAUGUUUUAUAAUUCUGCUGCUGUUGUUGUUACUGCUGCUCGGAAAUCUUGUUACUUCUAUUGAUAGAGAUUUUGGUGUAAAUAGUGUUAGAUUUGAAUCUAUUUAGUAGUGGGGUUUUCCUCCUUGGAUAUAUUUUGUGAUUCUUGGAGGAUUUUGUUUCCCUUUCUUACAGUAAAUCUCAUCAAUUAUACUAAACCCACAAAAAACAAAGACAGAAAAAAAAGGAAAAACAUUUAAUCCUAGAUCACCCACCAAUUUUAUUCUGGGUUCUCAUUAUACCAAUCUUUCAUCCCUUCAUUAUACCAUUAUAUUCUACCAAAACUGUUGUUAUUGGAUUUUGGUGCUUUUCUUUUACAUAUAUAUAUCAUAAUAAAUUUACAGAGAAGAAGAAGAACAGUAAAAGUUGGGGCUUAAACUGGGUUGUAAUUCUUGUUGGGUGUUUUUGCAUUCUAUGGGCAUACCUGAUACUUCACUAACAGAUCUAUUACACAAGGUUAAGUCUUGGAUUUCUCGGGGGGUCAGCGAUCUAUCACCAUCUUCUUUGUCUGGUGAAUUUGAUAUGCCGAAUAAUAGUAUCAAAAUGUGUUGCGAGUGUAAUACAGGUUUCACUAGGCCUUUCAAUGGAUACCGCUGCCAAAGUUGUGGUAGGUGGUCAUGUGUCAAUUGUGCUAGGGGCUAUGAAUCUCCUGCUGUGGUUAUUGAAUCCGAUGAUGUGAAAAGUAAAUACAGGGAGGGUAUCAAAUCCUGCAAGUUCUGUAUUGGUUUUCGUGUGAAAAAUGAAGGCGGGAGGAAGAAUAGUGAAAAAGUGCAUCCGUCGGAGUCUCCCAGGGAGAGCCCUGAGCCUCCGUCCCCUUCUUUUAGUGGUGAAUCACUCCAGACUGAUCGUCUUGCCCACUAUCUUGAAUCCCGGGAUUGUGGGUAUUCAUCCCUUGCAGUAACCGGGAGUAUGGUCUCAUUUAGUGCUCACGCAUCCCCCGUGUCUAUUCACCACUCUCCAAGCAGGAGUGAUGAAGAUGAGGCAGAUGAUUCUGGGAAGCACUUUUACAGCCCAUCAAGUGAAUACUGUCAUGAUGUUUCAGAUAUAGAUUCAAGUAGUAUUAGUGCUAGACUUGAGUUCUACGGUUGUAAGUCAGUGGGAUCAAGUCCUUUAGACAGCCCUUCUAGGAUUAAUUUUGCUUCCUAUAGAGUUGGUCAUUCUGUACAGCGUGAACAAGAAGGAAGUCCAUUGUCUCAAACUGAUGGUCCCUUUGAUCAAGAAAAUGUGGCUAUUUUAGGAAGGCUUGACAAAGAGACUGAGGAUCCGGAAAAUACUGAUGAUUACUCCGAUGAUGUGUCACUGUUGCAUAACCAAUUUGACAAGUCUCAAAAGCCAUUGGAUUUUGAAAGCAACGGUAGUAUCUGGUUCCCCCCACAUCCAGAGGAUGAAAAUGAUGAGGCAGAUAGUAAUUUCUUUGCAUACGAUGAUGAUGAUGAUGAUAUUGGGGAUUCUGGUGCAUUGUUCUCAUCCACUAGUAGCCUCUUUAGCAUGUUGCCAGCAAAGGAGAAACACAAUGAGGGCAACAAGGAGCCUCUCAGAGCUGUGAUACAGGGGCAUUUUAGGGCUCUUGUAUCCCAGCUUUUACAAGGGGAGGGUAUCAAAGUCAGGAAAGAGGAUGGUGGUGAGGACUGGCUUGACAUAGUUACAACAAUAGCAUGGCAAGCUGCAAAGUUUGUGAAACCAGAUACUAGCAGAGGAGGCAGUAUGGAUCCUGUUGAUUAUGUAAAGGUUAAAUGUAUAGCAUCAGGAAGUCCAAGUGAUAGCAUCCUUGUGAAGGGGGUAGUUUGUACAAAAAAUAUAAAGCAUAAGCGCAUGACUACACAAUACAAAAAUCCCAGAUUACUUCUCUUAAGAGGAGCACUUGAAUAUCAGAGUGUUGAGAAUCAGUUGGCUUCUUUUAAUACAUUGGUGCAACAGGAAAAUAAUCAUCUCAAUAUGAUUAUCUCAAAGAUAGAGGCUUUUCGCCCAAAUGUUCUGCUAGUAGAGAAGAGUGUAUCUCCAUAUGCCCAAGAUAUUUUAUUGGCAAAGGAAAUUUCUUUGGUGCCCAAUGUGAAAAGGCCUUUACUGGAGAGGAUAGCUCGGUGCACAGGCGCUUUUAUUAGUCCAUCCAUUUACAGCAUUUCUACAACGCGAUUGGGGCACUGUGAACUGUUCCGAGUAGAGAGAGUGUCUGAAGAACACGAGACUGCUAAUCAGUUCAACAAAAAGCCAUCUAAAACAUUGAUGUUUUUUGAAGGAUGUCCACGACGUCUAGGAUGCACGGUCUUGCUGAGGGGCACAUGUCGUGAAGAACUAAAGAAGGUUAAGCAUGUGAUUCAAUAUGCAGUAUUUGCAGCCUAUCAUCUCUCCCUUGAGACUUCCUUCCUAGCUGAUGAGGGUGCCAGCCUUCCUAAGAUGACGCUUAAACAUUCGAUUGCCAUACCAGAGAAGACUGCAACUGAUAAUGCCAUUUCGCUUAUCCCAUCAAUGGGUUGCCUUGCCAUAGCUGAUGCCUCUGCCCGAGAUGAGGGACCUGUGGAUCACAAACCAGAGCAUGUAGGAUCAGAAACAUUAGUAAACAUACAUACUUGCACUGUUCCUCCUUUUUUUCCUGGUUCCACGGAUCAUAGGUAUGCGAGUCCACUCUCCGAUGCUUGCUGCAAUGAUUUAGUGUCUUGUGUGAGAUUGGACUCGUUUGCUCUAAGCCAAUUUGAGGAUCAGAAGAUGCCUAUGGUGUCUCUCUCUGGUGUUAAACACCUUUCACUGCCAGACUUGCAAGAUGCCAUUGGGCAAGCGGAAAGGCAACUCGGGGAGACUCAUGAAUUAACAAAAUCUGAGAGGAUAAAUGGAGAUAAAGUUUCUAGUGAAUACUUCUCAUCCACGGACACUAACCAGAGCAUAUUAGUCUCUUUUUCAAGCCGCUGUGUAGCAAAAGGAACUGUAUGUGAACGCUCUCGACUCCUGCGCAUAAAAUUCUAUGGAUCUUUUGACAAGCCACUUGGAAGAUAUCUACGUGAUGACCUGUUUGAUCAGGCAUCUUGCUGUAGGUCUUGUAAGGAGCCGGCAGAAGCACAUGUACUGUGUUACUCUCACCAGCAGGGAAAUCUUACGAUCAAUGUUAGAUCCCUUUCCUCUGUAAAGUUAUCUGGGGAAAGAGAUGGGAAGAUAUGGAUGUGGCAUCGGUGCCUUCGUUGUGCUCAUAUAGAUGGAGUCCCACCAGCAACCCGUAGAGUGGUUAUGUCAGAUGCAGCUUGGGGACUUUCUUUUGGAAAGUUUUUGGAGCUGAGCUUUUCCAACCAUGCAACUGCUAAUCGUGUGGCUCCCUGUGGUCAUUCAUUGCAGAGGGACUGCCUUCGUUUCUAUGGGUUUGGCAACAUGGUUGCAUUCUUCCGCUAUUCCCCCAUUGAUAUUCUUAAUGUUCAUUUGCCGCCAUCAGUGCUUGAAUUCAAUGGCCAUGUUCAGCAAGAGUGGAUAACAAAAGAGGCAGCUGAGCUUUUGGGCAACGUGGAAGCCUUCUAUGCAGAGAUAUCUGAUGUAGUUGAUAGCAUGGAACAGAGAAGCAAGUCUUUUGGAAGUGAGCUAUCAGAUAUGAACGAGUUACAGAAUCACAUUAUGGAGCUAAAAGAUCAAGUUAGAAAGGAAAGAGAUAAUUACAUAGGUGUGCUACAUGGGGCUGUUAUGGAGAAUUCAAAUCUGAGUCAGUCAACUUUAGACAUUCUGGAACUUAAUCACUUGAGACAGGCUCUUCUAAUAAAUUCGCAUGCUUGGGAUCGUCAGCUUUAUUCAUUGGAUUCUCUCUUAAAAACAAAUUCUGUUAAGGCUGUACACAGGGAUGCAUAUAAUGCACAGCUGAAAGAAUCAAGCCAAUCAUCUUGCAAGGAUUGCAAGCUUGACGAUGAUCAAGUAGAAAAUUUCCCUGGCUAUUCAAAACCACAAGACUAUGUUGGGAAUGACCUGCUUUCAGAGCAGCAUAAGCAUAGUUUGUCCCUUCAACAUUUUGUUACUGAAGAUUCUGUGUUGUCUUUAUAUCAUCAUAAUAGAGAGGAGGAAGGGCAUCCUGAUGGGGAAAUUACAGUAGAUAAUACACGCUUUGAUGACAUCCCUUCUAAAGCUUCCAAUCUAUCUGACAGAAUUGAUUCUGCAUGGACGGGUACUGAUCAACUUGUGGCAAAAAUUCAAUCUCACCAUGCAUCUCAGACGGAUGCACUCCAAGUUGGGACUAUUAAGCAGAUAAGUAUUUGUGAUAAUCCUCCACUUAAAAGGAUGGUAGCACCAGUAAGAGUUCACUCUUUCGACUCUGCAUUGAGAAUCCAAGAAAGAAUCCGGAAAGGAUUGCCUCCUUCUUCAUUGUACUUGUCGACUCUCAAAUCAUUCCAUGCAUCUGGAGAUUACAGGAGUAUGGUUAGAGAUCCUACUUCAAAUACGAUGAGGACUUAUUCUCAAAUAUUGCCAUUGGAGGCUCAGAAAUUGAAUUUAUUGCCAAGCUAUGCACCCUCAUUUACCUCUUCUUUGUAUCAUAUGACUGGAGGAGCUCGUUUGUUGCUUCCUCAACGGAGCCACAAUGAUAUUGUAGUUGGUGUGUAUGAUGAUGAUCCUGCCAGUAUAGUUUCAUAUGCCCUCAGUUCCAAGAAAUAUGAAGAUUGGGUUGCUGACAAGUCAAAUGAGAAUGAAGGAGACUGGGGUGUGAAUGAGCACUGCAAGGAUGAUUCUGCAACUUCCACAUUUUCGGCGUGGCAGUCUUUUGGUUCUCUAGACUUGGAUUAUAUCCGUUAUGGAAGUUAUGGAUCUGAAGAUCCUUCAUCAUCCAUUGGUACACUAUCUAUGGAUUCCAGAAGAUCUCCACAUUUGACAAUAUCUUAUGGCGAUAAUUCUUCAAGUGCUGGAGGCAAAGUAAAGUUUUCUGUCACUUGUUAUUUUGCUAAGCAGUUUGAUUCUCUGAGGAAGAAAUGUUGCCCCAGUGAAGUUGAUUUUAUACGGUCCUUGAGUCGCUGCCAGAGAUGGAGUGCACAAGGGGGGAAAAGCAAUGUAUAUUUUGCCAAGUCAUUGGACGAGAGAUUCAUAAUAAAACAAGUCAAAAAGACUGAGUUAGACUCUUUUGAGGAAUUUGCAUCAGAAUACUUCAAAUAUCUGACAGAUUCUCUUAGCUCAGGAAGUCCGACUUGCCUUGCCAAAGUUCUUGGUAUUUAUCAGGUUACUGUAAAGCACUUGAAAGGUGGGAAGGAAACAAAAAUGGAUCUAAUGGUGAUGGAAAAUCUCUUUUUUAAGAGAAGUAUUGCAAGGGUCUAUGAUCUUAAGGGUUCUGCUCGAUCCCGCUACAAUCCAGAUACAAACGGGCAAAACAAAGUAUUGUUAGAUAUGAACCUGGUAGAAACACUACGCACAGAGCCCAUAUUUCUAGGAAGCAAAGCGAAGAGAAGCCUAGAGAGAGCAAUAUGGAAUGAUACAUCAUUUUUGGCGUCUGUUGAUGUUAUGGACUACUCUUUGCUGGUUGGAGUAGACAAUGAGCGAAAGGAGCUUGUUUUAGGUAUCAUUGAUUUCAUGAGACAAUAUACAUGGGAUAAACAUUUAGAGACAUGGGUUAAGGCAUCUGGAAUUCUUGGCGGUCCGAAAAAUGCAUCCCCGACGAUUAUUUCCCCGAAACAAUACAAGAAAAGAUUCAGAAAAGCAAUGACUUCAUAUUUUCUCACAGUUCCUGAUCAAUGGUCUUCAUGAACAAAUUCAUUGUAUUCUUUCCAUUGAAAAGUCAUUUGUUGGUUAAUAAGGCAAUAGAGAUGUAAGCGGAGGAAAGUGAGAACUUGUGUAUGGGCAAAGUUAGCCCAAUUCCUUGUUGAGGCCUUUGUACAUCAUUUUUAUACAUGUGCAAGAGUCACCCCAUUGAAGGUUCUUUAAUGUGAUUAUUUUGCAACGUCUACACAGUUGUUAGUGAGAAAUAGGGUCCUGAAUACUAAAUGGGGAAAUGGAGGAACCCCCUUUGCUGUUUUUUCUUUUU